CUUCCCAAGCGGCCAAGCCCCCCACCCCUCGUCCCAACAGCCAGAAGGCGCCGUCGCCUGCGGCGACACGCGCACGCAGGCAUCCCUCUCGUGAGCGCGCACUGCUACCGUGCCGCAGUGUGGUUACAGCUCGUCGCUCGAGGCGAACUCCGGCGUGCGGAACCCUAGCGCAGGCGUGGAGCUCACCGGCCUCGGCGCCGGCGCCGGUACUAGGAUGGCUCCACCCGUUACGCCAUGGUGAGGGCCUUGCGGCUCGGUGGCCGCGCGGCCGCCGCAGCGAGGUGGUGCACCUGCCGGCGCGCCGCCGUCGCCCUCUGCGUGGCCAACCUCGUCGCCGCGCUGCUCGUGGCCCGCGCGCUCUACGCUCCCGGCUCCUUCGCAUUUGCACCCAAACUUCGUGCCUGUGGCUUUAGGCGGGGAGCUGAAGUAUUCCAGGGAGCAGAUGAGGUGGGUGGAGGAGUCGAUCCGGAUUCGCCGCGCAGCUGAGCCCGUCGAGCUCAUUGAGGCGGUGAAGAAGCUGCGCAAGGCAUUCACGAGGGAAGAGAAGACACGAAAAGGGCUGCCGCUGGAGCUGAAGCAGAAAGUUUCGCUUGAGAUUCUGCAGAGACUGCACGAUUUGGGCGAAGGUUCUAAUACCACGGAACAACAAGAAGCUGUAGAAGCAUGGCGUGUUGGGAAGCUCAAGGACAUGAGAAGUGCAUCUUCUAAGAAUUUAUCAAAUUUUGGCCUCUCCAGUGAAGAUUCAAGGAUGUUAAAGCGAGCCUUGGAGUUUAACUGGCAAAGGAUAUUGGAGGACAUUGGUCUUUGGAUACCUCCCACUAUAUAUCAUAUCGAACAUGAUGACAAACCUGAGAAUGAACCAGAAGAUGAAGAGAUAAUACCCGGUCCACCUUUGCCCCCUGAAUGCAAUACUGAACUGCAUACUGAUUAUGGUGGCACGGCUGUUAGAUGGGGCUUAACACAUCACAAAGAAAGUGCCGCAGAUUGCUGUCAAGCCUGUAUAGAUCAGGCUAAGAGGGCCAGACCAGGAGCCUUAAAGUGUAAUAUUUGGGUUUACUGUCCGUCUGAGUAUGGAUGCUACUCGCCAGACAAAUAUGAACACAAACAUCAAGAAUGCUGGUUGAAGCAGGCUGACCACCCUAGAUUAAACUUCAAAGACCGGUACCCUGAGCCAUACAGAGAUUCUCAUCCGACUGCCCCUGUUGUUGUGCCAUGGAUGUCGGGUGUCAUUACUGCAUGAGCUGCUUGCCCACAGGAGCGCAAUGCCAAUGUGCAGCUUCCAGACUGAACUCUACAUUUUUGUUUUGCAAACUCAGAAAACCAUUUUUCAUUUUCAUUCUUUAGUACUUAGGCUUUAGGUUAGUCUACUUGGUAGCUGAAGUUUAGGCUGCGCUGGGGCCUUUGUCAAACUGUGCCCUAGGGCGUGGCAAACAAACUGAUAGGGCAUGUUUUGGCAGAGAUGUGCUGUAAUGUAUGUACAUCAACCAAUCAUGCUCGCAGCUAUAUAUUGUACUUCAAACUGAAAACUAACUAACACAGAAGCAAUCAUGCCCAUGGCUAUAUUCUACCUCAA